UUCCCAUUCUUCGGCGAGCGGCGGAGGCGCCGACGUUUUCAGUUAUAUUGCUGCCUCCUUUGUCCCAUCCCCCGCGACUGACUUCCGAUUACGUCGGAUCCUACUCUCCCUUAUCCCUUCCCCCUUUCUCGCUUAUCCUCUCCUCUCUGUCUCUCUCUCUCUCUCUCUCUCUCUCUCUCUCUCCCACGAUCCCCGGAGCCAUCUCAUCUCCUGCAAUUAUAGCAAUUCCUCGAUCCAAGAUUGAAAACAUUUUACCGAGCACAGAGAAUAUAAAGAAGCAGCUCCUUCCUCUUCCUAACAAUCUAUUCCAAUUUCGGCAAUGGAUAUCACCAAUGAAGCGAGCGUGGACGCGUUCGCCAUCGGUCCGUCGUCGAUCGUCGGCCGGACGAUCGCCUUCCGAAUACUCUUCUGCAGCUCGAUUUCCAGCCUCCGGAAGCAAAUCUUGCUCUUCCUCCGCGCCGCCUUUCGCCGGCUGCGGGACGCCGUCCUCGCGGCGAUCUCCUGGUUUCACCCAAAGAAUCCGCAGGGGAUUCUCGUGAUGGUGACCGCGAUGGCCUUCCUGUUGAGAAGGUGCACCAACGUGCGGUCGCGGGCGGAGUCGGCGUACCGCCGGAAGUUCUGGCGGAACAUGAUGCGCAGCGCGCUGACCUACGAGGAGUGGGCGCACGCGGCCAAGAUGCUCGACAAGGAGACGCCGAGGAUGAACGAGGCCGAUCUGUACGACGAGGAGUUGGUGAGGAACAAGCUGCAGGAACUCCGGCACCGGCGGCAGGAGGGAUCGUUGAGGGACAUAGUGUUCUGUAUGCGUGCAGAUUUACUCAGGAAUUUGGGCAACAUGUGCAACCCUGCGCUCCAUAAGGGCAGACUUCAGGUGCCAAAACUCAUUAAGGAGUACAUUGAUGAGGUCUCAACUCAACUAAAAAUGGUAUGUGACUCUGAUUCCGAUGAGCUGCUCUUGGAAGAGAAGCUUGCAUUCAUGCAUGAGACAAGGCAUGCCUUUGGUAGGACAGCGCUACUCUUAAGUGGGGGUGCUUCAUUAGGAGCUUUCCAUGUGGGCAUGGUGAAAACUUUAGUAGAACAUAAGCUUCUUCCUCGGAUAAUUUCAGGAUCUAGUGUAGGUUCCAUCAUGUGUGCAAUUGUGGCAACACGAUCAUGGCCUGAGCUGGAGAGCUUCUUUGAGGAUUCUUGGCAUUCAUUACAGUUUUUUGACCAGAUGGGUGGGAUCUUUGCAGUGGUUAAGAGGGUUAUGAUACAUGGGGCAGUUCACGAGAUUAGGCAAUUGCAAAGGAUGUUGAGGCAUCUUACAAGCAAUCUAACAUUUCAAGAGGCUUACGACUUGACUGGUCGUAUUCUUGGUAUCACUGUUUGUUCUUCUAGAAAGCAUGAGCCACCACGAUGCCUUAACUAUUUGACAUCACCUCAUGUUGUUAUAUGGAGUGCUGUGACUGCUUCCUGUGCAUUUCCUGGCCUUUUUGAGGCUCAAGAGCUGAUGGCAAAGGAUAGAUUUGGAGAAAUUGUCCCUUUCCAUGCACCCUUUUUACUGGGCCCAGAGCAGGUGCCAGGAGAUUCAGCUCGCCGAUGGAGAGAUGGAAGCUUGGAGAGUGAUUUGCCCAUGAUGCAACUGAAGGAGUUGUUUAAUGUCAAUCAUUUCAUUGUCAGCCAAGCCAAUCCACACAUUGUCCCACUGCUGAGGCUAAAGGAACUUGUGAGAGCUUCUGGGGGUAACUUUGCUGCCAAGCUCGCUCAUCUUGCUGAGAUGGAGGUUAAACAUCGAUGCAAUCAAAUCCUUGAACUUGGAUUUCCGCUGGGAGGAAUAGCUAAGUUAUUUGCUCAAGAUUGGGAGGGUGAUGUCACUGUGGUUAUGCCUGCCACACUUGCUCAGUAUUCAAAAAUUAUUCAAAAUCCAUCUUAUGUGGAACUCCAAAAGGCUGCCAACCAAGGUAGGAGAUGCACCUGGGAAAAACUUUCUGCUAUCAAGGCAAAUUGUGCUAUUGAACUUGCAUUGGAUGAGUGUGUUGCCCUUCUUAACCACAUGCGUAGACUAAAGAGAAGUGCUGAGAGAGCAGCUGCUUCCCAAGGGCACACAAACACCUUCAGAUUUAAUGCUUCGAGGAGGAUCCCUUCAUGGAACUGCAUUGCAAGAGAGAACUCAGCAGGGUCUCUUGAAGAAGAUGGUCUUGUAGAUGCCGCUGCUUCAGUCCACCAAGGAACUGGCCUCAUAGGGGGACAACUGAACAGAGACAGUCGUGACCAACGAAGUGUGCAUGAUGGAAGUGAUAGUGAAUCAGAUAAUAUGGACCUAAAUUACCUAAAUUCUUGGACGAGAUGUGGUGGACCUCUGAUGAGGACAGCCUCCGCAAACAAAUUCAUCAACUUUGUGCAAAGCCUUGAGCUUGAGGCAGAAUUCAACAGGCCUUUGUCAAGGGAGGAUGAGGCGGAUGCUUUAACAGCCCACUCCAACUCCUUGGUGACUCAGAUGGUUGGCAGGGAUGCUUACCAUGGCAACUCUAGAGUAACAACCCCUGAUAGAAGCUCAGAGAACACAGACUCUGAGCUAGGUAGCAAAAGAGUUCCUGUGGCUGCUUCCACCAGCAUUAUGGUUUCUGAAGGAGAUAUGUUACAGGCAGAAAGGAUUAAUAAUGGAAUUAUGUUUAAUGUUGUGAAGAAGGAAGUUCUACUUGCGCAGUUGAGCAGCGACUCGGAACAGCACCGAGGGUCAUCACCAGAUGAUGUUGAUGUUGAAAAUGUACAUAUGGAAAGUUGUGAUGCCAGUUCUGAUUCUGACAGUGUUGAUGAUGAUGAAGUUCAAUCGGUCAGGGAAUCAGCUUCCUGCUGUGACCUGAUUACUUCUGAUCAACCCAUAACUGAAGGUUGAAAGAUGAGAAUUUAUAUUUCUUUGUUAAACUUCACACUGACCUGUGCAAAAUCAGGUUACAUUUUACAUUUGGUUGCAGCAUCUCCUUUUAGAAGUGCUGACAUUGGCUUAUUAACAAGAAGGCAUCCUGCAACAUUGUAUCUUCCAACCAUUCUGCAUUUUCUUUUGAAUGUGAAGCUUCUGAUGUUGUAUAUUGUUACCUUGCUUCCUUCAUCAGAAGAAUAAUUACUUACAGCUGACGUAUUGUUGAAAGUUCCACAUUCUAGAACAUAGAAACCUCAUUUUGUGGACUACCACAUUAGUGAAAUUGAAGUCACUGUGUAGGGCAUCAGGCUUUCUGGCUUUUGAUUCAGUUGACUUUUCCUGUAUGACAAUGCGUUCCUGAUUACAGGCAAUGUGCUCCAAUGCCAACGGAGGAGGCCGUGCCACUUUGAAUCUUGAAUCAAAGCUCACAGCUGCCACUCCAAGCUAUGAAAUUGAUGCUUUUCGGGUUCCAGGACAUAAAACAGAUGGCUUGGUCUGAAUGCCAAGGCAAUUCUGCAGCAGUCAGACUUCAACACAAGAAAUCGGCCAU